AUGGACCGAGAAAGUAGCAGACGCGUCACCAUUGCCCUGUGGCCUCCUUCUCCCCAGGAAAAGUCGUCUUCGCGAGACCGCGCUCAAAACACCCCUCUUACCAGUCGCAGCGUGAGCGCUUCCUCAACGCCCUGUCCAACACGUGUGCCAGCGGGACUCGCACAGAAGUCGAAUACCCAAUCCUCAAUUUCCAAAGAGACAACCCUCGAGAGCACAGCGUCAUCGACAGUGCAACCAAACUCCGUCCUUCUACAAAAUCUGAUCAAAGAGCGACGCGCAUUCCGAGAAUCGCGACGGUCUUCUUCCAGUAACAAUUAUGACGAUGCCACGUCUACGCCUGUCCAAGUUCAGCCGCAGGAUGGCACUAUUACUCCUUCAGAGAACCGACGGGCACUUCACAACUCACUUUCCACCGGGUCUAAACCCCCCCACCAGAUGGGUGUUAGAGAGACUGACGAGUAUGUUUCUAAGAUAACCAAGCUCAAUUUUGACCUGAAGCUCCAAAUCUGGCACCGUGAUCAGCAAGUUGAAGCUCUUACGAAGAAGCUGGACCGGAUGCAGGAACUCGAGGAAGAGGUUAAGCGAAUGAGCCAGCUGGAGAACGAGUUGGAGAAAUUUCGCAAUGUCGCAGGAGAAAACCGGGAACUGAAACAGUCCAAUGACAAUCUGCGGGAAGAGAUACAAAGGCGCGAUCAGGCGAUUACAGAGGCGGUGGAUCUUAUCUGCCAGCUGGAAGCAAAAGUUGAGGAGUUAGAGGGAGGACAAGCGCCGCUUCCGUCUACUCCUCCCAAUCUACUUGAAAGUAAACCGGCGGUGGACGCGCUAAUAAACCCGAAAACUCAGACAAGCGUUGAUAUUCCAGAAAGGACAUCAUCCAAGAAGGCCACUAGGGCUCGCUAUUCGAGGAAGAGUUUUUAUCCCUUGAAGAGAGCGCCGUCAUUUUUGCGAGAGGAUAACAAAAGUACCCUUACUUUACGCAGUCUUUACCGUGAUGAGUCCUUCUCCGUGCUGAGCACAUUGACAGGCACAGAAAGCUUGCAUUCUGAUGAGACCGCGGAACCCGCUUCGCCAAGGCUAAGUGCCCUGAGUGAGUGCAGUGAGCUUACUCCGAGCAGCCUGACGAUCCUGAAUAGAUCUGAAACACCUGUGCAGAAUUUAAGCUCUGACUCGUACGGGGUAGAGGACGAUACUCGUGUAGAGAGAUGGGUUCAGUUACGAGCGGACGAUUUCCAGGCCACUCUACAAAAAUGGAGUGAUCAGUCAGUCUUGGAGGCUUCACAAUCUACCCAUAGUCCAGAUACCGUAAAAGGCCUGCGCGUCGCAAAUGGCUUCAAGGGCAGGCUUCAACGGUCCGAAAACGAUAUUAUCUACGAUGGCUCACGGCUUCCACCAACCCCAGAUACGAUGAGCUCUGCGCGACAGGCUUCUAUAAACCGGUCCAACAGUAGCCGCCGUCCGGAAGAUAUUCCGUCCUCAGCACGGGAGUUUGACCAGAUUCGGUCUGCAAGUGCGAUGGCUACCAUCAGACCGGGUUCGACAGGAGCUACUUCGGGCGAAAAUGCAUGCAUUCGAGAUAGAAUCCGCAUAGAAGAUAAUCCUCGAAAGAAAUCCUCUAUGGCCACCCAGCUUCCACUAGACAAGAGAAGUACGGAGGGCCUGGCUUCCGAUGUUGAGGAAAGACCGUCAACGUCUUGCACAUUCGGCACAUUCGAUCACUAUUUAGGACCAACCAUUUCGUCUCACUCCUUGCGGCAAGACGAUUUCAUUUCCGAAGAAGACGGCAGACUCCAGACCCCCGACAUUGAAAGGAGACCUUUCACAUCUCCAUGUUCCCCCGCGGAGGGAUAUCCUUCGAGACCAGAUCCUUCAUUAUAUCUCUUGGAAACCGAGGACUGGCUUGAGGCAGCGAAGAUGGGACCUCUCUCAAACAACGCACUAACUCCCGCUAGGAGUAACCGCCAUGCUAGCCUAGGGACACCGUGCUCUUCCCAAACAGACCCGUUGCAGUUCACGGGCAAACGAGUGCCGAGUCGAUUCUCCUUUUUUUCUCGUCGAUAUAAGACGAAUACAGCGCCACUUGGACCAAAGAAACCUGUUGUUGAAAAUACUCCAGGCACUGAACGGCCACGGCGACGCUGGUUACUGCCUUUUUUUCGUCGACCGCGCCAAUUUGAAGCCCCCUCGACGAAGGAUUCUUCCCCUAUCCAGGAAGACGAAGACUAUGGUGCACCUGCACCUGUUAUCCGUAAAGCAAGGACCACGCAUUAUUCUUGCUAG